CCAUCACAUUGCCUCUCACAUACACACAAAUAGACUGCAUGCAGGUGAAGAAGGCCGGGAGGAAAAGUUUAAGUUUGAGUAUAAAGGAAAGCAAUCAACUGUGCAGCAGCAAUAGAAGAAGAAAAAGAAGAAGAAGAAUGGAAGCCCAAGGAGGAGAAGUGAGGCGCAUACACAUCGUUUACUUUCUGAGUCACAUGGGUCAUGUUGAGCAUCCCCAUCUUAUUCGGGUUCAGCAUUUCAACCGCAACAAUGGCGUCUAUCUACGAGAUGUUAAAAGGUGGCUUGCGGAUUUGAGAGGAAAAGACAUGCCCGAAGCCUUCGCUUGGUCCUACAAAAGGAGGUACAAGACAGGUUAUGUUUGGCAAGAUUUGCUGGAUGAUGACCUUAUCACUCCUAUCUCAGACAUUGAAUAUGUUCUCAAAGGUUCCGAGAUUGUCUCUGCCUCUUUUGAUCAUCAUUCACACAGCGAAAACAAAGCUUCCAUAUUGAAAAGGCAGCAGCAGCAGCAGCAGCCUGUCGAAGUCCAUGCGGAAGACCAACCCCGGCAGCGACAUUCAUCCAAAGUAGCAUCAUUUGAAGGGCACCCUGAAACCAAUACCUCAACAGAUUUCUCUUCUGAAAUCAAUCAAGAAUCCCCUUUAUUUGGCUCAGAUAGGUCAACAUUAACUAACGAGUCACUAAAGCUCGAAGCAGAGAUGCAUCAACAAGGUGAAAACCUCGGAGAUUCUUCCUUUUGUUCCACACCACCGAGCAAGAAGAAUAAAAUGAAGAGCAGCAACAAGAAGGAAAAAGCGGAAAAGGCAUCUUCUUCUCCAUCGUCAUUUACAAAGAGUAAGAGCUAUUCAAGUGGAGCUUCGAGUAUGCUACGCAAUUUGAUUACUUGUGGUGCUGCGGAUACCAAUGAUGCUGCGUUGAUCAUGAUGAAUAGAGCUGACAAAAACAAAUCUUCCUUUAAGCCCAAUGUUGAGGCUGAGAUUCGUAAAGGAGAGAGAUUGGGAGGGUCUGCAAGGGUUUUUGGGACUACUUGGAAUCAACAACAGCAGCAAGAAAACCAUCAACAAAAACAACAGCAGCAGCAGCAGCAGCACAAUACUUGGAAAAGCUAUUAUGAUCGAGGAGAGGAUUCACAGAAGAAGCAGAGUGAAUUUCCUAAACAAAAAGCCAUUUCAAGUACUUACAAACCAAUGGCUUGGCCAAAUUGCUCGGUUAAAGGGUAAGAACAAAACCUUCGGGAUUUUCACCAUGGUUGACUUCCCAUGCCUGAAUUGGGAGCUUGAAAAGAAGCCCAGAAAUUCAGGCUGACUCCAUCCUACUGUAGAUCAGAAUCAUCAAAUGAGAUAAGGGGGGAAGCAGAGUCACUGCAAAGUUAGACAAAUGCCAAGUGUUCAAUGAGUGGGAAUCUAGUUGAUGUCAAAGAUCCAACAGACUUUUUUUUUUUUUGUGAUGUCGGAGAACCUCUCCAAGGCAAGGUCCUUUGGACCCAUCCUUGCAGAGUAAACCCUAGUUGCGUGUACUGCACCCUCGCAUCCUCUCCAAAGAUCCAACAGACUUCAAUCAAACUGCAAAGAAAAAUGUUUUAAGUCUAUAAUAGGUGGAUCAUUAUGACGUCCACUAAUACAGGGGUCAAAUCAUGUUGGGUUAACUAUAAUGUAUUGUUUCUUUAUUAAAAUUUUAGUUUCUAUCUAUAUUCAUAAUCUAUCAAUUGUGUUGAAAUAAACUAUCUUUGCUGUUA